UACUAUGAAGCUUGCAAGAAAGAGCUCGAGAAGGCCGGAUUUAUAGGCCUAUUGGAGAUCCGACUGACCAAUGUUUCUAAGAAGAUGCUUGAUUCCUUGAUGGCACAUUACGAGCGGGCCACAGAUAGCUUCAUUUUUGGUGAAGGGGACAACAAGAAGGUGCUCACCAUCGAACUUGAGGAUGUUGCCUGUGUAUACGGCAUUCUUACUGGUGGUGCUGAGAUUGACCUUGUGAGAUCUAAUGAGAAGAUGCUCGAGGUUCUAAAGGAGGAGCUCGCAUGCAGGGUAAUCGUAGCCGAAAUGUUUUCUUGCGGCAAUGACUAAAGCGGCUCGUGGAGGUCAAGAGAGGAGGAGACCCCAUGUUGCGGUGGUGGUGAAGAAAAUUGUCUUCGCAUG